AUGGCAGGAAGUCAAGUUACAAUGCAAACAGAUGCAAAGCCAAAGGAAGAAGAGGAAGAUGCAUGUACGAGCGAAACUACGGAGAAGGGCGACUCGGAAUCGACGUCCACCUCUGGGAACGCCAUGGGAAGCACGGCCACUCAGGACUCUUCAAGCAUCAGCAAUGGGAACGACAACACCGAGGAGGAAGGCGAGAUGGUGGACUUGAAGAUCAUUUGGAACAAGAUCAAAUAUGACUUGAGGAUCCCUCUGGAGAGCACCGGCGCUAGACUAAAGGAAAAGAUCCACUCGCUCACCGGUCUUCCGCCGGCUAUGCAGAAGGUGAUGUACAAGGGCCUGGUCCCAGAGGACAAGACGCUACGGGAGAUGAAAGUGACAAGCGGCGCCAAGAUCAUGGUGGUGGGUUCCACCAUAAACGACGUGCUGGCCGUCAGCACGCCCAAAGAAGUCGUUCAACAGGAAGCGAAGGCUGACGAAAACAAGAAGGAGCCUCUGUGCAGACAAAAGCAACACAGGAAAGUUCUGGACAAAGGUAAACCAGAGGAUGUAAUGCCAGCUAUUAAAGGAACAAAAGAGCGACUACCAACCGUGCCUUUAUCCGGAAUGUACAACAAGUCCGGAGGAAAAGUAAGACUCACGUUCAAACUGGAGCAGGAUCAGCUGUGGAUCGGGACUAAAGAGAGGACAGAGAAAGUCCCAAUGGGCUCCAUCAAAAAUGUGGUUUCCGAGCCCAUUGAAGAUCACGAGGACUAUCACAUGAUGGCAUUCCAGCUUGGUCCAACAGAAGCGUCACAGUAUUGGGUUUACUGGGUGCCCACGCAGUUCGUUGAUGCAAUCAAAGACACAGUUCUAGGGAAAUGGCAGUAUUUCUAA